GCUCAGGGGCACUUUCUUUUUAAGCCUUCCUCUCCUUCUGGGGGCUUUGCAAGGGUGCAAUGUUUCUCUUUGAGCAGAAAAAAAUAAUAUGCACAUAGUAAGAACUCCAGGGAUUGCUUUUGUUGCAAAGAAGAAAACGGCACCAGCAAAAGGAGAAAGGGUUAAUCUUGGACAAAGCAGGGCCUGAAAGGGUUAACUGAAGCAGAGGCUUCCGGGUCCUAAAGCCACCCGGGUUUGGAGGCAAGGACUUCCUCUUGUUUGGGGAGCAAGGUUGCAUUUCAAAGGAAAAAUUAUUGGAUUUCCCAGUCAUUGUAUACCUACUGUCCCUGUGUACCUGCUGUACUACAUGAGAAUGCUGGAUGUUUAAAGACUUGAAAUCUUGUCCUUGAGUUCUCAGAGGGUGACCCAGCAUUGCUACACCCUGGUUUGGAAGGGGACCUGUGAAUCUGGGUUUGAAAGUUCAUUUUAGAGGUGGAAUAAAAAGAAUGACAGCUACUAUCUCAGGACUGCAGAAUGAGAUUCUGCUUAAACAGGGCCUGCUGUCAGUGGUGAAAAUUGAGGAACCUGACCUGGAAGAUUCUGUCUUAGCAGAGGGCCUGAAACAUGUAACUAAAUCCCCCUUUAUCAUCCAGGCUGGGACAUCUGGAGAGCUUCUGAGAUGUGUGGCAUCACAACAGUCCAAUGAUGAAGGCCAGGAGACAUUACAGCACUGGGAAGUUCAGUGGCAUGAGCCAAGAGCUCCAGAAGUUAUCUCAGCUUCCUCCCCUGCAUGGGGCAAUCUUCAAGUUCCUCAGCUCACAUUGGCUGAUGAUAUUGAGGUCUAUUUGUCUACAUUUGAGCGAGUGGCUGAUGCCUGCCAGUGGCCCAGGGACCAAUGGGUUGCCCGACUGGUGCCCGCCCUAAGUGGGGCAGCCCAGCAGGCCUAUACCAGUCUCAGCAUGAGAGACCGAGAAGACUAUGGGAAGGUCAAAGCUGCCAUUUUGUGCCACUGCAGUGUUGGGAGUGAAACCCGGAGGCAGCGCUUCAGGCGUUUUUGCUUUCAGGAGGCUGAGGGUCCCCGGCAGGCUUGUGGGAACUUGCGUGAACUUUGCUGUCAGUGGCUGAAGCCAGAGAUCCACACCAAGGACCACAUCUUGGAGCUGCUGAUCCUGGAGCAGUUCCUGACUAUCUUGCCAGAGGAAAUGCAGAGCUGGGUUUGGGAUUGCCGCCCAGAGACCUGUGCCCAGGCUGUGGACCUGGCAGAGGAGUUUGUCUUGAAGCAGCAAGAGGCUGAAAAAUCAGAUGCCCAUGUCAUUGUUGAUAUGAAGGUGGAAGGAGAGCCCUCAGGGGAGGAAGAGGAGGAAAUGGCAUUGGCUGGUGCAUUGUGGGAUGUCCCUGGCCCUCAGACCUCUCCUGGAUGCCCCUCUCAGAAUGCAGUAGAAUCAAGAGGACCAAUAGAACCACCAUGUGAGCUGACCUGCAUUCUCAGGGAAGAAGCUGAGCCUUCACAAGAAAUAGCAGGUGCCGGGACUACCAGCCAAACCACCGAAUGCCCUCCUGAAAACUCACUAGAGAUGUCCAGGCAAUCAUGGAGGAAUAUGGAUGAGGGCACUUCAUCAGACUGGGAAGAGGACAAGCACUUGGGUGAGCGAGAUGGCUCAUCAGAAGAUGAGCUUGGCCUCCAAAGACGGAGGCUAAGAAAGCGCCCAGCAGUCUUACCUUCACAGACCAGCAGGGCCAAGGAAACAUUGCAGGAAACCAAUGACCAGGCAAGCCAGGCAAGAGCAUUCUUUUGGGGAGAGAAGCCUCAUCAGUUUGAAGAGUGUGGGGAGAGCUUCCGUGCCAAGCAAGAACUUGCUUUGCGCAAAGGGAUCCAUAGAUGGGAGAGACCCUUCCCUUGUGCUGUUUGUGGAAAGAGAUUUACCCGGUUGUACCACCUCACUACUCAUCUGAGGAUCCACUCGGGUGAGAAACCUUACCGCUGUGCCGAGUGUGGGAAAUCCUUUGGGGACCUGUCCAAUUGUUACAAACAUCAGCGGAGGCACCGAGGUGACAGGCCAUACGUUUGUGAUGCAUGUGGGGAUUCUUUUAGCAAACAGAAAGAACUUCUUGCUCACCGGAGAACUCACGAGAAUGGAAGGGUACCUUCUGUGUGUUGACUCAAGGGGUGGGUGCAAAAAUGAUUCAUUACAGGCAUUUAAGCCAUACCUGGGAAGUAGCCUUUGACAAAAUGCCAUAUAUUGGUCCAGAUCUUGGCUGUGAUACUGUUGCAGAUAGAGCUAGAGUGAUGUAGUUGUUUGGGACUAGGACUCUGAGAAACGUAAGGUUUGAAUUCCCACUCCACCAGGGAAACCCACUGGGUGACCUUGGCAGGUCACACUCUUUCAUACUCAGAGGAACACAGUUGUAAAGCUCCUCUGAACAGAUCUUGCCAAGAAAACCCUCUCGUAGUGUUGCCGUAAACUGGAAUCACCUUGAAGGUACAUAACAACAACAGUAGUUUUCCAGGUCUGCCAGAUUACAAAUGGUGGAAUUGGAAGUUUCAUUGCCAUGCCAAUGGGGAGUCAUGUUAGCCAUGCUGUGAUUAAAUUGUACUUGGGAAGAGCAGAACCAUGGGAAAGAAGUUAAGGAUUCCAGACCACAUGUCAUUAUUGUAAAGGUUCUUCAGAGGAACAUGGUGAUGCACAAAGAGGCUUCUGAGGGUAUUAAGUGCACAUAUAUGUUUAACAUAAGCUCCCAUUUGUCUACACCUCAUGUUUUAAAUACUGGAGUGUUGAAGUUGGAAACUUGAGCUUCCACCCAUUGCAAGAAAGUUGUCUAUAGUUCAGUCUUCCCCAGCCUGGUGCUUGCUAUAUGUUUUGGAUUAGAGAUCCCAGAAUCCCUGAACCAGUUGGCUUGAGGAUUCUGGCUGGUGAAGCUUAGUGCAUUUAGAAAGACCAGACUGGGAAAAGCUUAGCUAUAGCCUCUUUGCCACUAACUCUUUGGAAUUACUUUUUAACAAUAUGUCUUGGAAGACAUGUGCUGGAACAAUGGAUGAAGACUAACAUGGCAAAUCUUUUAGUGCUAUUGGUCAUAGGUUGUGAUAUUCCGCCUUUGUGAGAAUCAAAAAAAAAUGUGCAGAUACUAAAACAAAAGCAGUGGAGGGUUUUUCUGCCUCAGAACAUUAAAUAAAACUAAAACUGAAACAUGUAAAUGAUAAUUCUGUAUUCCAAACUGUCAUUUUGCUAUCUGUAGUAACAUGCUAAAUUUAGUAAAGAAGGUUUUCCAUGCUAGAUUUAUUUUAUAAUUUAUAAUUUCCAUGCUAAUAUUAUUUUGUGUUUUUCUGGCCCCAGCUUUCAUGGUUCUAGCAGGUUUUGCAGGGUGAUGCUUGAAACUAAAAUUAUGUUGUACUCCUUGACGUCGUGUGUCCAGAAUAAUCAUAGAAGGUUCUUCAUAUAAAUUAUCACAGCAAACCAAACUGCAGUCUUAUUAAGGUAUAUCAGUAUUUUCAUAGUAUUUCAGGAAUUUGUAAUUGAAAGAGAUUGCCUUAUGUAAUACAAUCUGGUAAAUUCAUGGUCAAGACAGGAUUUGAAUUGGAAAAUCGUUUAUCCACUGUUCCAUAUCUAAGGCUUCAGCCUAGGUUCAGUGGCACUUACUUCCAAGUAAGCAUGCAACUGCAUUGUUAGCUCUUUCAGUAUGUCCCAGAUGUGAUAUGGGAGCAGAAAGUGACAUCUGUAGGCCUAAAACUAUUCCCCACAAGCAUUCUCCAGGUGUGUUAGACUGCAGCUCUCAACAUCCCUGAUCAGUAUGCAUAUACUGUCUGAAGAAGGUGGAAACUGUAGCCCAAUACAUCAGGAGGGCACCUGCUAGGGAAAGACACAGGCUGCCUGUUCCCCCAGGUUUUCAUUGUAAGGGAUGAGGAUGCAUUAUGUCUCAAGUGGAUUUUUCUGUUCCUCAGGGAGUCCAGCUUAAUAUUGGUUUUCCUAAACGUUCUCUAGACUUAUUUUCGUCAUGAUGAUGUAACUUCUCUCUAAACCACAGUAAAAGCAGAAUGAAUUUUGCUGUGUACUACUUUGGCUGUAAGGUUUGCUUAUUCUUGGCUUUAUUAUGUGGCUAGGACCACACAAAAGAGCAAAUAAGUCACAGUUAUUGGCAACUCUUGGAGACACACCACUCCCUCAUGAUGUAUGCAUUUUCACUGUGGCUUAUUAAUGCAUCUCUUUCUUUUCCAAUGGACUCAGACAUAUCUGUUCUUGCUUUGCCUAAGUUUUGAUCUUUCCAUCCCUGUGGCUUUUGUCUGGAUUUGAUUUUUGCCUACCGUAUCUCCUUCCUUUCUGUUCCUUUUCUCAUUGUUGCUUUUAGUUGAGUGGCUCACUGUUAAACCCUGGAUUGGACCCAGACUAUGUUAUUGCACACGAGGUGAGUUGGGCUUAAGUCAUUAACAAUUUUUCAUCUAAAUUUCACUGGUACUUUUGUACUAUGGACAAAAACCUGCCAAUAAAAUGGAUGGUAAAAUAGACUCCACUAUUGUUCCUAGGAUGGUAAAAUAGUACACUAUAUUUAGUGUACUGGACAUAGUGACCUAGCUGCCUUGUUAAUGUAGCAACUUACCUUUUGCAUUUCAAGCAUCAUCUAUGUAUACAGACUGGAAUUUCCACCUUUUAUCUCCAGCUUCUUGGGCUGUUGUAGUGCCUAGCCCUCUCUCUUGGAAUGUGCCCAAGCCAAUGCAACCAUAUUUAAUGGUUUUUGGUUUUCAUUUUCAGUACUGAAUUAUUUUUAUUUUAUUUAUUAUUUGAAAUCUUGAAACUGGAGUUUACUUAGAGCAGAGAAAUGGCAUGCAGGAAAAGCAUUUUGCACCUUCUCUUCUCGGGCACGUUGUUUUUAAUGUUUAAAUAACAGCUUCUGGACUCUAGUACAGGUAUUUCUACUUCUGAAUAUGUAUCUGAUUGUAGUUGUUGGAAGUACAGUCAAAUUUGUGGAAAGUUAGUUCAAAUUUUGACACAAAUUAGUUGUGAGAGUUUACUGCCCUCUAGUGUUUAUGUCCAGAAAUGACUCGCCCUGAAGUACAGUACGUAGUUUGCAGCUAAUAUGCAUAUGAGGAAAAAUUGAAAUGUUAAAAGUUUACAGAAUCUUUACAGAGUAAAUAUUUACAUAAAUAAUCACGCAAUCACUCACUCAGUCAAACAGAGCAUAUCUCAAUAACUGUACCUUUUAAAAAAGCUGUUGCUGGUACAAUUGGUUUUUUCCCCAAACUGCACUGGGAGGGGUGCAUGAUUCUUUCUCCUGCACUGACACCUUCUUUAUGGGAGAUCUUCAGCUCACCACCAGUUUCACAUGCAGAAAAACCAGAAUGUAACAUAUAUGGAAGCACCAGCUCAGGGCUUGCCGCCAGUGAGGUCAGUGCCUCAGGCAGCAGAUUUUUGGUGUCAGGAAAAGGCGGGACAUGGUUAUUUAAUUUCUUCUUUUUCCAUUUAUAGAGGGAUGAGGAGGCAUGCUUGUGGGCAUUUCAGCAUUGUGUGCCAAAGUAACUUGCUUGGGGUUUGGAUACUUUGUCGGCCUAUAUCGUAGCCAAUGUGGUGUAGUGCUUUGCUUCAACUGUGCUGGGAGACUAGGGAUCAAAUCCCUGGUCGGCCAUAGAAAUCUUGGGCAAGUAAUAUUCUCUCAGCCUUAGAAGAAGGCAAAGGCAAGCCUCCUGUGAAUAAAUCUUGCCAAGAAAGUCCUGUAAUAGAUUCACCUUAGGGUCACCAUAAGUUGGAAACCAAGCCACACAACAACUAGCCUAUAUUAUAGAACACCAAAGGCAUCUCUGGUAUUGAUAGUGUGGUUUUUGAAGGCUCAGGCAGUGAUUUAGUCAUUUACUUACCUUUUGCACACGUUCUAGACUUUCUGGCUACCAUGUUUGUUUCAGACCUGAUGUGUUUCCUGUUCCAUGAGUUACAAAGUUACCUUCCAGAGCAGUGCCCCACACCUGUACAGGUCUGUUGUUAACAUUGUGCUGUGAGCUACCUCUCCCUUACCAAACAACCAUACAGUACCAAUCUGGGAAGAAUUCAGAGACAUAGCCAUGUUAGUCUAGAAUAUCAGUAUGCAAAGGGAUUGUGUAGCACCUUUGAGACUAAUUGAAUGCAAGAGUUGUAAGGGGACCUAGACAUUCCUAGAUAGAACAUAUUAAGCAAAUCUGUGAAUAAUCAAAUCUGUAAAAGUGAUAGCAGCAAAUGUGGGGGGCUGUCUGUAUCUCCAGAAACUCCAGUCUGUCUACAGAGAUAGUGGCCUCCUGGAGCACUACACAUGUUAUAAUGUUAGUCAUGGAGAUGCUCUUAGCCAUUUUAUUAUAUCUCCUUUCUGGUUCCCAGCCUACACAGACUACGUCCCAAAACUAUCUCCACCGUUCACUCACCUAGGUCUUAGGCAACAGCUUCCCAUUUGCCUUUGUCCUUCAGUGACCUUUGUUAAAACUUAACUUCUCACCACAACAUCAUACCCAGUCCUUACUGGGCACCAGUUCACCCCAUGCAUCUGAGGAACUAGACCAAGUCUAUGAAAGCUUAUGCUAGAAAUCUUUUGCUCAGUUAACCUUAAAGGACCUACAAAAUCCCUUUGUACCAAUCUCCCCAACCGAAAGGUGUAGUAAGACAAAUGUGGUGUUUGUACAAAUGCAUCUGUUUCUGAACAUUUGUAAACCAUGUACCUAAUUUUUAUUAACGUCAUUAAUAAAUGAAAAGGAAAA